AUCAUCAUCAAAUCCCCCCUUUCGUGGUAAACCAAAAGAAUAUAGACAAAACCACGAAAGAGAAGACAUCCCACCUUUCAUCAUGACAUCCCAAGUACUCAAGGCAGCCGUCGGACUUGCUACAUUUUCCUAUUUGGAUGCAAAAUAUGGCAUUGCAUCUGAUGUCCGUGCAGGUCGUGCAACUUCUGCUGCUGAUUUAGGAUUAAAGAUAGCUGAAUGGCGUGGAAAAGCAUCACUUUAUGAAAGUUUUCAAUCAACCGUAAAGACGAAUCCAAAAGGUGACUUUUUGGUGUACGAAGGUAAAACAUGGUCAUUCGAACAAGCAGAUGCAGACGUAAGAAGGAUUGCUCAUUUCUUGCUCAAUCAAGGUAUCAAACCUGGAGAUCGUAUCGCAGUCUUUUUGCACAAUUCUGCGACUUAUCCUCUCCUUUGGCUCGCAUGCAUGUCGAUCAACAUCGCUCCUGCUUUCAUCAAUAACGGUCUGACCGGUAAAGGAUUAUUGCACUGUAUCGCCGUUUCAGAAGCACCUUUGGUAAUCUUUGAACCUGAAUUGGAAGCUCCCCUACAAGAAGUCUCAAAAGAGUUAUUGGAACACUCAAAAGUACGUCGUUAUUUGUGCUUCGAUGAUGGCUUGAGACAUGAAAACGAAAAGGUCAAUUUGCCUCCUCAAAUCGAAAACACCGUCUAUUACGGUCCUAACGAACACGCAGCUCAAAGUGUCAAAGAAAUCGAUCCAGUAUACCGCAAGGAUGUAACAUUGGCAACAUCAUGUGCACUCAUUUACACAAGUGGAACAACUGGAUUGCCUAAAGCAGCCCUUUGUAGUCAUGGUAGAAUCGGAACAGCAACAACCGUUUGGACUAGAUUGGGAGGUUUCACAAACAAGGACAGAAUUUAUACUGCCAUGCCAAUCUAUCACUCUUCCGCCGCCUUUUUGUGCUUAGGUGUCGCUUUCCGUUCUGGUGCAUGUGUGAUCAUCGGUCGCAAAUUUAGUGCAAGCAAAUUCUUUGAACAAGUUCGUGCUGCUGAUGCAACUGUUGUUCAAUAUAUCGGUGAAAUUGCACGUUACCUUUUGGCCGUUCCACCUCAUCCAGAUGACAAGAACCAUCGUGUUCGUUUAGCAUACGGUAAUGGUAUGCGUCCUGACGUCUGGAACAAGUUCCGUGAUCGUUUCGCAAUCCCUCAUAUCUUCGAAUUCUAUGCAUCUUCUGAAGGAAAUGGUGCUUUGCUUAACUACAACACGGGAGAGUUUGGUUCAGGAGCAGUUGGAAGAUUCGGUUCAUUGGCAAGAACGGUUCGUCCUGAUUUCCGUAUCUUCCGUGUUGAUCCAAUCACAGAAGAUGUCGUUCGUGGAGCAAAUGGAUUAUGCGAAGAAUGCGAUUUUGAUGAACCAGGAGAAUUCAUGUGCCGAAUCAAUGAAUCCAGAGCAUCAUCACAAUUCCAAGGAUAUGCAGGUAACCCUGAUGCAACAAAGAAGAAGAUUUUGCGUGAUGUCAAGGCCAAAGGAGAUGCUUGGUUCCGUACAGGUGAUUUGAUGAGAAUGGAUGUGAACGGUUUCUAUUGGUUUGGAGAUCGAAUGGGUGACACUUUCCGCUGGCGCAGUGAGAAUGUCAGUACGGCGGAAGUUGCUUCAGUUUUGGGUGAAAAGAUUGCAGAAGCAAACGUUUAUGGGGUUUUGGUGCCCAAUCAUGAUGGAAGAGCAGGAUGUGCAGCAAUUCCAAGAAAUGCGGCUGCAACGUUAGAUUUAGUAGGAUUGGCAACACAUGCACGUAAAUCUUUACCUAAAUACAGUGUCCCACUCUUUUUACGCAUCGUUCCUGAAAUGGAAUCAACAGGAACGGCAAAGCAAUUAAAGGUUGCUUUGCGUAAUCAAGGUAUCGAACAUGCACAGUGUGGACCUGAUCCGUUAUACUGGCUUCCACCAAGUUCCAAAGCAUACCUUCCUUUCGAGCCAAAAGAUUUGGAAGCUCUCAAAGCAGGAAAGGUGAAAUUAUGAAAAUAUAAACUUUAGAUGCUAUGUAAUCUUUUCAUUCCUUUAUUGUCGUAAUAUUAUAUAUUUGUUUUGAUCGGAGUAUGUUAAGGAGGAUAGACAUUCGCUUCAGGAUGCGGCUUUCUGUCUGCUAUCCCAACAUUUAUCCCAACAUUCUUGUCUCGGGUAAUCCUUAUUCGUACGAUUGUGUUCAUUUCAAUUUUCAGUAACGGCAAAAGAUGCCAGAUGUUUACUCACUUACACGUCUUAUGA